AUGACUGACGUUUCAGCUGCCCAAGCUCCAAAGGAGCUGGAGGGACUUUUGAUAGUGAAGGUAGAAGAGGAAGAUCGUGCCUGGGGACAGGAAUCUGACCCUCUUGGAAACAAAGCCUGUAUCCAAGAGAUCUCCCGCAGGAACUUUAGACACCUCUGCUACCAGGAGACAGGAGGUCCAAGAGAUGCUCUGAACCGACUCCAGGAACUUUGUCAUCAGUGGUUGAGGCCUGACAUACACACAAAGGAGCAGAUCCUGGAGUUCCUGGUGUUGGAGCAGUUCCUGACUAUCCUGCCUGAUUCACUGCAGACCCAGGUCCGUGAUCACCAUCCAGAGAGUGGAGAAGAAGCUGUGACGUUGGCAGAGGAUUUAGAGAGAAACCUUGGUGCACCAGGAAAACAGGUCCAAACCUAUGCACUAGGAUGUGAAGGGCUUUUAGAGAAGGCGACAUCUGUAGGAGUGUCACGGGAUUUACAGAAUGCCCAUUUCCAGCCAGUGGAGACCCAGAUUCCACAUGAAGAAGUUUCAGAUGGUAAGACCAGAUGCAGUGCAACAAAGUUGUCUCCAAAGCAAGCACUUUUGAAGGAAAUGGAACCACAUGAGGAGAUAACUAAUAAGUUUAAUGGAGAAAUUCUACAGGCUCCUGAAGAUGGAGAAGCAUGUGAACAUGAUGUCAGGUUAAAAAAUCAAUGGGGAAAGCCCACAGGCAAUGAACAACAUAAGCAUGGUGAAUCAGAAACGAACUUCAUCCAGAACUUAGUUCAGAAUUCAAUUCAAAAUCAAAGCCAUCAAAUAGGGGAGAAAGCCUAUAAACAUGUUGAGCAUGAGAGGACCUUUAAUCACAGUACAGGUGUAGUGGAACAUCAGAAGAACCACAUAGGAGACCAAUCCUCUAGAUGUGAAGAAUGUGGGAAAAUUUUCAGUUCAAAUAAUGGUCUAAUUCGACACAUGAGAAUCCAUACUGGAGUGAGACCCUACAAAUGUAAUGAGUGUGGAAAAGCCUUUUGUCAGAGAUCAGUUCUUAAUCAACACCAGAGACUCCAUAGUGGAGAGAAGCACUAUCAGUGUAAUGAGUGUGGCAAGGCCUUCAGUCAGAAUGCAGGGCUUUUUAAUCAUCUUAAAAAACACACUGGAGAAAAACGCUUUCACUGUAAUCAGUGUAGCAAAAGCUUUACUCGACAGUCGAUCCUUAUUCAGCAUCAGGGAGUUCACACUGGAGAGAAACCCUACGAGUGUAAUGAAUGUGGGAAAGCCUUUGUUUAUAACUCAUCCCUUUUUUCACAUCAGGAAAUCCACCACAAAGAAAAACAUUUUAAAUGUAAUGAAUGUGGGAAAGCUUUCUGCAGGAAAACAGGCCUUACUGAACAUCAGAAAAUCCAUUAUGUGGAGAAAUCCUAUGAAAAUGAUGAAUGUGGGAAAUCCUUCAAUCAGAGUGGAAGCCUCAUUGAACAUCAGAAUAACCACACAGAAGAGAAACCAUACAAAUGCGAAGAAUGUGGAAAAACUUUCAGUGCCAAAGCUGGCCUUAUUCGACAUAAGAAAAUUCACACUGGGGAAAGACCCUAUAAAUGUGAGGAGUGUGGCAAAGCUUUUUGCCAGUUGUCAGCCCUUAAUCAGCAUCAGUCUGUCCACACUGGAGAGAAACGGUAUAGAUGUAAUGAGUGUGGCAAAGCCUUCAGUCAGAACACAGGGCUUUUUUAUCAUCUCAGAGUCCAUACUGGGGAAAAACCCUUUCAGUGUAACUUAUGUGGUAAAAAGUUCAGUCGGCGCUCAAUACUUAUUAAACAUCAGAAAAUUCACUGGAGGAGGGCUUUGUGUCGCCUGCCCACCGCGCCUUUGAGCCUGAGCGGGGCUGCACCUCCUCAAAGCGCUCGGGAGGGCGGGCGCACCAGCCUCCUCCCUCCCGGUUGGGUAGUGCGCCGGCGGCCCAGCCGACCCCUCCUCUGCGCACGGAGAUCUGGACCCCCCGGUGGGGGGGGGGGCUCCUCUGAACACGGCGCAGCCCAAGAGAAGCCUGGGUCACUGAAAGCGCCAAAACCCAGGGCUGGGCCAGUGACCUGUGUCCCCGGGGCCCUGAACAGCUGGGACUACCCCCCGCCCGGGUUAAAGAUUGAGAUUUAUAAAGCUGAAAGGGAUUCUGGAGGGAUUAUCCGGUACAAAUGCCCUGUGAGGAAACAGGCCCUCAGAGGUUAA